AUGUUUAAGUUUACAGAAAAAGCUUGUCCAAAGGAACCACAUAAUGCACUUCUUCUGAUCAAACCGUCUGUAGAUAUUCCCUACUUAUAUGAGAUAUUUACUCAUAAAACACUAGGAGGAUAUGAGGGUAGGAUGUAUACCUUUGAAGAGUUUGCCAUAGCCACCGAAGAAGUUGUAGAGCCACGAACAUUGUUCAAAGGGAUAUGGAGUGGAUGGAAGUCAAAUUUAGAGUGCCUCUGUGAUUCUGGGUACACAGAAAAAUACAGAGUGUGUGAUGAACCCACUCCUCACCCUAUGUCUGAAGGCUGCAAAGGGAAUAUCAUAUAUGACCUGGCUAAGCAAAGAGAACGUGAAAAGGAUAAACAACGGCAAAAAGAACGUGAAAAGGAUAAGCAACGGCAAAGAGAACGUGAAAAGGAUAAGCAACGGCAAAGAGAACAUGAAAAGGAUAAACAACGGCAAAGAGAACAUGAAAAGGAUAAGAAACGGGAUGAAGGACAUGCAAAGGAUAAGAAACGGGUUGAAGGACAUGCAAAGGAUAAGAAACGGGAUGAAGGACAUGAAAAGGAUAAGAAACGGGAUGAAGGACAUGCAAAGGAUAAGAAACGGGAUGAAGGACAUGAAAAGGAUAAGAAACGGGAUGAAGGACAUGCAAAGGAUAAGAAACGGGAUGGAGGACAUGCAAAGGAUAAGAAACGGGAUGAAGGACAUGCAAAGGAUAAGAAACGGGUUGAAGGACAUGAAAAGGAUAAGAAACGGGAUGAAGGACAUGAAAAGGAUAAGAAACGGGAUGAAGGACAUGAAAAGGAUAAGAAACGGGUUGAAGGACAUGAAAAGGAUAAGAAACGGGAUGAAGGACAUGAAAAAGAUAAGAAACGGGAUGAAGGACAUGAAAAGGAUAAGAAACGGGUUGAAGGACAUGAAAAGGAUAAGAAACGGGAUGAAGGACAUGAAAAAGAUAAGAAACGGGAUGAAGGACAUGAAAAGGAUAAGAAACGGGUUGAAGGACAUGAAAAGGAUAAGAAACGGGAUGAAGGACAUGAAAAGGAUAAGAAACGGGAUGAAGGACAUGCAAAGGAUAAGAAACGGGUUGAAGGACAUGAAAAGGAUAAGAAACGGGAUGAAGGACAUGAAAAGGAUAAGAAACGGGAUGAAGGACAUGAAAAGGAUAAGAAACGGGAUGAAGGACAUGAAAAGGAUAAGAAACGGGAUGAAGGACAUAAGAAGGAUGAGAAACAGCAUGAAGAGAGGCUGAAUGUUGCACCACGUACACUGACCGAGUGUCCAGUGGGGAGAUCCUCAGAAAUAUCGGGCAGAGACGCUUCUGGAAUUGAUCCGAGUGCGACAACUCUCCGAAUUCAUGUCCGAAUUCCUCGGAUAUGCAAUCCGCAAAGACACGUUGGAAAACCUUAG